CAGAUCAGACGUCUUUUUUCUAGUUGUGCAUUAAAAAAGUAAAAAUAAAUAAGAAAAGAAAACAAACUCUUGCGGCAGAGUACGUCUGAACAGCACGUGUUUUGAUCAUCAAUGAAAAUAUUAUUGUGAUAGGACCAGUACAAGUAAAUAAUAAUCGGUUUGUUAUCAUAUUGAGUAGUUGAAUUUUUUCGCGUCAAGACUGAUAAGUUUAGUUUUCGGCCAAUAAUGCUCGAUAUAAGACCACUUAAUAGCGAGUUGCAAAAAAUUGCAAAUGAAAAUUUACAUGAAACUCUGGAUAAGGUGGAAGAUGAAGUGCCGGCACUUAAGGAUUGGAUUAGAAAUUCAGCACAUUUAAGAGCAAGGACUGAUGAGCAGUUUUUAAUUGCUUUCUUAAGAUUCUGUCAUUAUGAUCUCGAAAAGGCAAAGGAACAAAUUGAUGCAUUCUAUACGCUUAGAACUAACAUACCAGAGAUUAUUAAAGAUAGAAAUCCCGUAAACUCGAGACUAAGAUCUUUGAUAAGAAUCGGUUUUGGACUUCCGUUGCCAUACACCGCAACAGAAGGUGGUCCACGAUAUAUUUUAAUUCGACCGCAAGUUUGGAAUCCAAAUAAAUAUUCAAUGCAAGACGUAUUUAAAGUAUCGACAAUGAUUAAUGAUAUUCAGCUAAGAUGUGAUGACAAUUGGGUUGUAGCAGGUCAAGUUGGAAUUUUAGACCUCACUGGAAUAACACGUGAACAUUUAAUGCAAUUAAAUCCUGACCUAGUCAAUAAAAUGAUAAUGCUCAGUCAAGAUACUUAUCCGAUUAGACAACAGGCGUUCCAUUACAUAAAUGCACCAAAGGGAUUCGAGCAAGUGUUUAGUGUAUUUCUGUCCUGCAUCAAUGACGAUAAUAAAUCAAAGAUCCACAUGCACGGAAGUGAUCUCGAGAGUUUCUACAAAAUGGUUCCACGUCAUUUAAUGCCAAGAGAAUACGGCGGAGACCUGUACACAAUAAAUGACGUGAUUCGUGAGUGGGAGGAAAGGAUUUUCUAUUUCCGACAAUAUUUUGAGGAAGAGGAGCAACAGUUUGGCGUGGACGAGUCUAAAAGAUCUUCUCAAGCACUCACACCUAGUAAAUUUUUUGAAGUUGAUGAUAUCGAAAAUUUCCUGAAAGGUAACACGAGUGGCGAGAGCAGCACGUGGAGUAGAAACGAUUGUCAAUAACUUCGCGUCAUCAUAACAACUUAAGUCAUUGAAGUCAUUAUCUUAUCUAAUGUUUUUACAGCAAGGGAGAGACAACGAUAUAAAAAACUACAUAAUGUUUGUGGAUAUCACAUUUUUGGCACCUUUAUAUGUUGUGCUGUACGCGCGCCUUGAUAUGAAAUUUUUUAAUAAAAAUAUUUUAAUUCCAAC